AUGCGUACUCCCAGCUUCGCUCAACUCCUUACCUCGGCGCUCGGUGCCUCAACUCUGGCCCACGGCCUUGAGUUGUCUUCCACACGGAUCUUGACUGGAGCCAUCGCCCUGCUCGCCGGCCAAGUCCAGGCCGCACCACAGUUCCUUCCUUGCUCCAUCGACGAUAACCAGAUUGGAUGCCGCAAGAAGCGCGACGUUGCACAGCCCGAGGUGGUCGCCAGGUCUCCCGAGCCCGAGCCCCAGUUCCUCCCCUGUUCCAUCGACGAUAAUCAGAUCGGCUGCCGCAAGAAGCGCGACGUCGAAGAGGCCGAGCUGGUCGCUCGGUCUCCCGAGCCUGAGCCCGAGGUUGUUGAGCGGUCUCCCGCCCCGGAGCCCAUCCCCCAGUUUCUUCCCUGCUCUAUUGACGACAACCAGAUCGGCUGCUAG